AUGAGUUAUGAGGAGGAUCAAAUAAGUGAUGAUGAAACUUCGUCAGAUACUACAACCUUAUUAAUUAAUGAAAUCGUUGACUUGGAAAUUGAAAAAAAUUCCGAAUCCCUCGUAGCAGAAACGGCCCAAGCUGUUUUACCUGAAGAUUUGGAUUAUGAUCCUUUCAAUGUAUUAAAUAGUUUUUUAGAACGUGAAAAGCAAAAUAG